UAGACAGGAGUGUCGACAUCGUCAGCAAGGGCGUUGGUGGCGGCGCUCUCAUUCGCGAGCUUCCUGUCAUCCCUGUACCCUCUAUCGGUGAUAUCGCUGGCGGUGAAGAUAAGGUCUACUCCAGCCAGGGCAUGUUGCCGCCUGUAGGCACUCAUAUGCUUCGCAAGGGCCAGCAGACGCCGGGCGUCGGUCGAGUCCGACCUAGGUCAGACAGCAUGGAAAUGGGCGGACAUGCUGCAAAGAAGAGCCGUCAUGAAUCUGUGAGCGUCUUCCGGGAUGUCCCGCUCUAUGCCUGACUCCUUCCGUUAGCGUCCGCACCGGUCUCACUCUCGCUCAUCAUCGCAUUCAUCCAUCGAUGAGAUGAUCUUGCAGGCUGCUGACCGCGACGAAGGCGCCAUGUACACGCACCCACCGCCUCGCCGAAAUGGCGCCGGCACCGGAAAGCUCGUUCCCGAUGGUGUUCUCCCGCAACAACAGUAUCAGACACAUGUCUUUGCUCCAGUCGUCACUGGCGCACCUACUAAGAAGGCCUCUCUCUCAGCGCAUCCUUCUAUCACUGUAGGCAUCGAACAGAAGAUCUAUCCACCAACCAAUGAGCAAGGUCAGAGAAUAUGUCGCAGCUGCGGUCAGCCAGGCCGCUACAAAGAAGACAAGUGUGUCGAGAAAUGGGGUCCGGGGCCAAUGGGCCCUGGAACCGUAUGUGACCGAUGUCGCAAAAAAAUGAAACGUUUUGAACGACGAGGCACCCUUGGAGCUUCCCAAACCCUCAACCCUCAACUCGCGCGAAAUAACCUUCCCCAGCCUCAACUGCACCCUUCACCAUCGCCUUCACACCCUUCCAAUCCCAUGCCGCGACCUUCUUCCUCUUCCUCUUCAUCUGUUCACCACUCUCCAACCACCCAUCGCGCGUCUCCUUCCAGCGUGCACCGCUCCGACACUAUCAUCGUUCCCUCCUUGCCUCCCAUCGCAGUCGAGCGUGAUACGCCUUCUGUACGCCGCAUUACUCCUUCUCACUCAAACGGCUCCGGCAAGGAGAGUGAUGCCGAUGCCGACGCUGACGGCGAGGUCGAUGAGAUCGAUGCCGAUGGUGAUAUCGACAUGCGAGAGACACAGGUUCGAACUGUGGGGCUUGACAAAUCAGAUAAGACAGAUAAGGAUCGAGCGAAGAGCGAGGACGCUGUCGCUGCAGAGCCUGGGGAGCCUGAAGAGAGUGUCGUAGAUGAUCUGCUUGAAGCUGUAGAUGCAGCCGAAGCCAGAGGCUGAUGAACUAUUCUUCUCCUCUCUCUUCCUCUACUCUUAUUUCUGUUUUUUCUUCUUCUCUGUUACAUGCUGUUUGUCUAACUGUGUUUGUGCUGUGUUUCUUGUGUUUCUAGUGUGACAAUUGUUGUACGUACAAGGCCAAUAUCUCUGCUGCUCGAUGUCCCACCGUCUGGACCCGAUGUGCAAGUCCCAUGUGCAUCAAACGCACCGCAUCAGAUGUGAUUGCGCGGCGUGGAUAUCGAGGUGUCGUUCAGUGUGAGACCUGACUACGGAGCAUGUUAUAAUUAUCAUGCUUCACAGCACCCGAACACAAUCUCGCAUCAACCCGAACACGCCAGAAGUCGCCAGCCAA